AAUGUAUAUAUUUCGAUAUAAAGAUUUCUUUAUGAUUUGGGAGAUUUAAUAGAAAGGCAAUUUGAUAAUUGCCAAUUCAAUGGAGGUGGAAUAAUUCAAUUAACAUGUAACAACUUUGAGCUUGACAGUGAAAAGAAAAAAAAGAAAAAAAAGAAAAGAAAGAAAAUAAAAACUCUUGCAUUUAUUUGUCAGCUUGUACUGCAGUCGCAGUUCUGAAGCUUAUCACCUCAACCAACAUUUUCAAUAUUCCAAAACCCAACUAAUUUUAGCUUUUCCAUCGCUUCUUAUCUAUCUAUCUAUACUCAUUCAAACCUUCAUUCAAUACUCAAAUCUCUCUCUCCCUUUCUCUCUCCCUUUCUCUCUCAUCUCUCUCUCUCCCCAAACCUAUUCUCUCGAUUCUUCACCACCGUGAAUAUAAUGGCGCCGCCAUCUUCAGAUUCUUCACCACUCUCUCAGAACCACACCAACGAUUCCGAUCACCACCUUCAUCUCCAACCACUACUGGAAUCUGCCCGUCCAUUUCUCCGCGGCGAGCUCCAAGAUGUCGACCCAAAUCUGCCACGCCUCAUAUCGGUGCUCCAGGCCGCCGGCGCCGGCGAGUGCUGGCACAAGCACGGCAGCUUCCUCGACCAUCUAAUCGGCGUCUACCGGAUACUCAAGAUGUGGAAAGCCCCCGACGAGGUCUGCCUGUGCGGCCUCUUCCACUCCGCCUACUCCAAUUCAUACGUCAACCUCGCCAUCUUCCCACCUUCCUCCGCCGGCCGCCAAACCGUCCGCUCCCACGUCGGCCCCGCCGCGGAGCGCCUGAUCCACCUCUUCUGCGUCGUUCCCCGCCAGCCCCUCAUUCACGACUUUCUCCUCUUUCAGUACACUGAUCAGGAGCUCGUGGAUCACCUCCGAUCGUCGGAGAUCAGCCUUAGAAAAAUCAUCGACGGAGAAAUCGAAGAAAAGGAAGCGGAGAUCUGGAGGGCGAAACUACAGUCGAUUUGCCCGGCGGAAGGGAUUAAAGUGAAGCACAUAAAAACAGGCGAAGACGUGCUUGUUUCCCGAAGGCUCCUCGCCGUUUUCAUUCUGAUGACGGUGGCGGAUUUCAGCGACCAGCUUUUCGGGUUUCAGGAUGCUCUGUUCGGAAACUCCGACGGCCGCCUCGAGUUCUCCGGCAACAACACAGUAACAUCUCUGUGGCCCGGCAACGGCAAGCCGGGGCUGUGGAUGAACUCGGUAUCGAGAAUGGCGGCGAUAUACACUUUGAUAGUGAGAGAAGAAAAGAUAUACACGAGUACAGCAUCCAAAUUAAAAGAUUAUAAUAAGAGAGAAGACGAAGAGUUGGAGCUGGUGAUUCCGCCGGUGUUCCAUGGAUGCACCAGAGUUGUUGAUUCGGAGGAUCAGAUAGCAGCAAGGGAUAUGUACUGGGAGGCGGUGUGCAAUGCGGCGGAGAUAGGGUUGGAGAAGGCGGAGGAGCUGCUGUUGAGGAGUGUGGAGAAGAACCCAUUUGUGGGGGAGGGGUAUGUUGUGUUGGGGCAAAUUUAUUUGGGGGAAGGGAGGUUUGAGGAGGCGGAGAUGGCGGCGGAGAGAGGGCUGAGAUUGAUGCUCCAGUGGGGGAGUCCUUGGGAUAAGAGGAUGACGUGGCAGGGUUGGGUUGCUUGGGCUAGGGUCUUACUCAUGAAAUCCAAGGAUAAAUCAUGGCCUCACAAUCCUUGGGGUAUUCUCAAUUUGGGCCUCGUUACUUAAUUAUUAGUAUUACCCAAUUUUCUACAAUAAAUAAAUGAAUAAGGAAUAAAUUAAAAACAACUUUUAUUGCUAUGUACUUUGAUCAAUUAUUAAUAAUAAUAAAAGUGAUUAAUGAAGUUUUAUUGAAGUUU